CUAUAGUAUUGAUUACUGUUAAAAUACUGUUACUAAAAUACAAACAAACAAUAAAAAUGAUAAUAACUUCUACACAAUUAUAUAUGGUGUUUACCAUUAUAUGGAAUCGGCAGCAAUUGCACAAUACAGUGGCCAAUCGUACACCAUUACCACCAAAAUCCACAUACAAUUAUAUAGUUGUGGGCGCCGGCAGUGCCGGUGCUAUUGUCGCUUGUCGUCUGUCUCAAUGGGGCGCCGAUGUUGUACUGUUGGAAGCGGGCGGUUCACCCAACGCAUUGUUCGACGAUAUACCGGCGCUCGCCUACACUUAUGUUGAAUUGGAUAAACAAAGUCUACGUUCAUAUCAAUUACUGCCACAAAAAUAUACCGGUCAUUCAUAUGCAAACAACGGCACAAUUGUUAAUUUGUGGGGACGAGUGUUAGGCGGUUCCUCAUCGGUCAAUGAAAUGCUAUACAAUAGAGGUAAUCAUAAAUAUUAUGACACUAUAGCAGCUAAAUAUGGUGCCAUUGGUUGGGAUUACGCAAGCGUUUUGCCAGUGUUUAAGCUUAUGGAGAAUAAUACCGAUCCCGGUGUUAGCGAUCAAUAUCACGGAAGAUCAGGUCCAAUAAGUGUGUCCACACCUACUCAACCAUUUGCUAUACAAUUAAAACAAGCCAAAGCAGCACUUGAAUGGGGUCUACAAACAAUUGACAUUAAUGGUCAAAAUCAAACUGGAUUUACAAUUGGACAGUCAACAAAUGCACGGGGAAUUAGAUCGUCGACAAAUAAUGCUUACCUUGAAAGUGGUUUAUGUCCCAACUUGACUAUAGUUACCGGAGCAGUGGUCGAAAAAAUAUUAAUCUCCUCGUCCUCAGAUCAACACAAUACUCCUCGAGCACAGGGAGUUGUAUUUGUAAAAAGCAAUCGUAAACACCGAAUAAGGGCUAACCGCGAGGUUAUCAUAUCAGCCGGUUCAAUAGCCAGUCCACAGUUACUGAUGCUAUCGGGUGUGGGACCAAAACAGCAUUUGAAAAACAAAGGUAUCGGUCAUGUAUUUGCCGAUAUCCCCGUCGGUAACAAUUAUUGUGAACAAAUUUCUGUUAAUAUUGACUUUCGGUUAAGUCAACCGAAUUUAGCCGAACCUAUGUUUUCAUUAGACAAUAUUAGUCAAUUGUACCAGGUUACUGUCCAGGGUAAAGGGCUCAUGUCAGAGAAGCCAAACACUAUGAUGUAUUGGUCAACCAAAUACAAUAACGAUACCACAUAUCCGGAUAUCUAUAUGUAUUUAAUUGUUAAUAAAAAAGGUAGCGAACCGGCCAUUAGUUCCAAUGUUAUGGCAAACAGUAAAACAUUGGAGAGACAAAUAAAAAGAUAUUCUCGACAAAUGAUUUCAAACAAUUAUGUAUCGUUGGGUACAGGACUGGUACGUCCUGUUAGCUGCGGUACGAUUAGACUUAACACCAGCUCUAUUAACGAUCAGCCGCUAAUUGAUCCGAAUUUUUUGGCCAACCCAAGCGAUCGACUUCGUCUUCGGGAAGCAAUCGCCGAUACGUUUCAUUUUGUCGAAACAACCAGUUUUGGUCGUUACGUCCGACCCUCUAUACUGCCUAUGCCUCCGUGUCAGUACUGUCCAGAUAUUCCCAUUUAUCGAUGCAACACUUAUAUUGACUGUUUGAUUGACAAUUGGGCCGGCGCUGAGACUCAUUCAGUGGGCAGCUGUCGUAUGGGUGAUCCGCGCCGAACAGACACUGUAGUAGAUCCGCGAUUGCGUGUUAAGGGUAUCCACCGAUUACGUGUUGUCGACGCAUCCAUUUAUCCGGAGAUAAUCAAUGCCGCCACCAAUGCAGCCGCGAUGUUGGCCGGAGAAAUGGGCGCACGGUUUAUAGACAAAGACAAUAAGGGUUACAAAUAAAAAAUACUAUGUUUUUAAACUACUGUACCCAUACCAUACACUUUUAUGUUUUUAGGAUAAAAUAUUAUAAUAAAAACACAAAUAUUUUAAAAUUCU